UGUUAAAUUUCCCACUUCCCACUCACACAAAACAUUACAAUUGAAAAAUAUCACUAAUUAAUAUACUUUUUCUAUAAUCUCCCAAAUUUCUCCAAUGGGGUCCCUUCCUUCACCACCACCAUCACCUUCCCCUGAAAAUCCCCUUUCCAAUUAUGUCAUGGUAACAAUUUUUUGUCCUAGAGAACCAACGCAAAAUGUCACACUCCCUAAUUCAAUUGAACUUUAUUAUCCAUCAAUUAACACAUGGACCAAUGUUGGCACAAUCCCUGGUCUAAUUGAUGAUCAAGUGUUAAAAGAUUUUGCUAUGGUUUCAUUAGGUGAUUUUAUUUAUAUAAUUGGUGGCCAAAUUUGUCACAAAGAAAAGGUUCAUGUUAAUGAUGAUUCAGCUGAAUUUCUUGACGAAGGUAUAAAAGUUGUAACAAAUGUUCUACGUUACAACAUAAGAACAAAUCAAUGGUUCAAUUGUGCACAAUUAAAUGUUGCAAGAUAUGAUUUUGCUUGUACUGUUUGUGACAACAAAAUAUUUGUGGCUGGUGGAAAAUCCAAGCUGGCAAGUGCAAGAGGAAUUUCAUCAUCCGAAUUGUACGAUCCAGAUCAUGACACGUGGACCCAAUUGCCUAAUUUGCAUAUUUUAAGGUACAAAUGCAUAGGUGUGACAUGGAAAGGUAAAGUUUACAUUGUUGGUGGUUUUGCUGAAAGAGAAAAUUCUGAUGUAACAAUGCCAAGUAUAGUGGAAAGAUCUUCAGCUGAAGUUUAUGACAUGGAAGCAAAAAAAUGGAAUGUUAUUGGAGGAAUGUGGCAAUUGGAUAUUCCACCUAAUCAAAUUGUGGCAGUGAAUGACACACUUUUUAGCUCAGGGGAUUGUUUGAAUGCAUGGAAAGGACACAUUGAAGCUUAUGAUGGAAAACUUUGGAAUGAAGUUGAUGGGUCACAUAUGAGAAAUCUUUCUACUUUGGAAUAUAAUUAUGAAAAUUGGCCACUUAAUCAAAGAUUGUAUUUGACCAUGGCACCAAUUGGUAAUAGAUUGUUUUUUUUGGCUGGUUAUAGGGUAGGUGGUGGGGAAUUAGCUAGGACUAAGUCUGUUGUUCAUAUAUUUGAUACUUCAGCUAGUGUAGAUGCUUGGAGGAGUGUUGAACCAAUAGAAUUGGAAGGUGAGAAAGAGCUUUGUAGUCAUUGUUGUGUUGUGCAACUCUCAUCACCAUAAUUCCCAUUACUCUAAAAGGAAAAAAAAUGGUGAAUGUUUAAUUAUAGAUUAUAUGUUAUGGAAUGAUAUUAACAUAUUCUCUAAUGCACUUUUUUUAUUAUUAAGUAUAAAA